ACCUAGGCAGUGACACGGAGUGCGCAGCGGGGACAGGCGGCUCUCCAUGGGGAGGUCUCAGUGAGCAGCAGCUACCUGUUGGAGAGGAGAGAGAGAGAGAGAGAGAGCCGUGGCCGGACCCACGCUGAUCGUGGAAGCCCGACUGCACUUGUGAAGGGGAGAAGAAGAAAAAAAACAAAAAACAACCCAAACAUGUCUCCGAGACUAUUAUUCUGCGCUGUUUUGUGCGCGUACCACGGGACGCAAACCUGCAGUGGAUUUAAUAUCGAUGAACGCUUCCCGGUGAUCAAAGAGGGAAAAACCAAAGGAAGCCUGUUUGGAUUCUCGGUGGCUUUGCAUCAGCAGACGGAAGGCUCCAGAAAAUACCUGCUUCUUGCAGGAGCACCCAAAGAGAAAGCCAAAGCUCUACGAAAUGUCAAUGAAACAGGUGCAGUUUACUCCUGCCCCAUGACCACAGACUCCACCGACUGCUCCAGAAUGGACCUGGUCAGCACAACAAAUCCUUCCGAGAUGGUGGAGGGCAUGUGGUUGGGCGUGACGGUGGCCAGUCAGAGGGGUCAGCCGGCGGGACGCGUGCUGGCAUGCGGGCAUCGCUAUGUGAAGAUCGUGAAAGGCGGCACAGAGGAGCAGCGGCGGAUGAUAGGAAAGUGUUUUGUGAGGAGCAACGACCUGACCUUCGACUCCAACGACGAGUGGCAGACUCACAGCUACGAGGUCUGCAACCCCAACCUCGACAUGGAGUUCGAGGGCAUGUGCAACAUGGGCAUCUCCGGCGGCAUGACAGAAACUGAUGUGUACGUGGGCGCGACGGGCAGCUACAUGUGGCAAGGAAAUGUUCAUGUAACGUGGAGAAACCCGGAACCAGGGUACGAAUGGGACUCUGCUGACCUAAACUUUGGACAGCUGAAAAGACGAUACAUUUAUAUGGGCUACUCAGUUCUUGAAGAGAAGAAGCUGCUGAGCCUUGACGACUACACGCUGGUGACAGGAGCUCCCAGGGACGAGUCCAAGGGAUCUGUGAUAUUAGCGAAGAAGACCAGCUUCGAGCAGGUGCAAACCAUCCCCGGCGAACAAGUGGGCUCCUACUUCGGAAACAGCCUGGCAGUCACCGACCUCAACAAUGACGAUUGGAAUGACCUGAUCGUGGGGGCACCGUUUUACUUUGACCGUAUGAAGGAUCAGGGAGGAGCCGUGUACAUUUUCAUGAACGAGAACGGAUCUUUCCAGAAUAAAUCCACCGUGGUGCUGAAGGGUCCGUCCGACUCUGGGUUCGGCAUCGCGGUGGCUGCCAUUGGGGAUAUCAACCAAGAUGGAUUCCAAGACUUUGCAGUGGGGGCACCAUUCACCGGCACAGGAAAGGUCUACAUAUGGAUGGGAAGUAAAAAAGGAAUCUCAGAGGAGGCCAGUCAGGUGAUCGAGGGUAAGUCGUUGGGAUUCAAGACCUUCGGCUACUCCAUCAAUGGAGGGAUGGACAUGGACGACAACAGUUACCCCGACAUGCUGGUGGGCUCUCUGGACGACCGCGUCGCCCUGCUCAGAGCUCGGCCGGUCGUCCACUUAACUAAAGACUUUACUGUCAAACCCAAGAUUGUGGAUCCGAAUAAGUGUUCUGGAAAUAAAUCAUGCAUCACAGUUACUCUGUGUAUGUCCUUCACGCUAAGCAAUGGAAACAAAGACUUCAAGAAAGAUAUCGCGGUGAAGUACACAGUGGAGGCCGACAUGGAGAGAAGAAGAAGCCCUCGCGUUCGUUUCCAGGGUAGUAAUGGUGACACAUUCACUGGCGUCCUGAGCCUUUCGUCUUCCAAACGCAAGUGUCAUGAUCUGUCACUGUCUGUGGUGGGGCCUGUGAGGGACAAACUGGAACCAGUGGUCUUUUCCCUCAACAUGUCAUUACAAGAACAAAAACCGAAAUCCAGACGCUCGCUACAGAACUUGGACUCAUUCCCAAUUUUUAGCCAGGAGCAGAAGCUCACCCAAAGGGCCGAGAUUAACUUUCAGAAGGAGUGCGGCUCAGACAACAAAUGCAGCAGCAACCUACAGCUGACAGCACAGUUUGUUGAUGAUGACGAAAAGCCGUAUCCCAGGAAGGGCAAAUUCCAGGUGCUCCAGUUCAACAGCAAUAUAAAGCUAUUGAAGCUGCAGGUGGUGGUGACAAACGCUCCUGCUCCCGGGAAGCUGGCUGAGGACGCCCACCAGGCGGAGGUCAACAUCACCAUCCCUGAUGCACUGAAAUACUCUGGUGUCCGAUCUGCGGCGGACCAUGAUGUGCGAUGCGAGUUUAACCCUACAUUUCCCCACGUCAUUUGUGACCUGGCGAAUCCACUCAAAGGCAACGAAAACGUGUCUCUGCAGAUCAACUUCCAGCCAUCAGGGAUCAACCUGUACACAGAAGAGAUCGAGUCUCAGUUGCUCCUGUCAACUCUCAGUGAGCAGAGUGACCUGCGGCCUGUGCCUGUGGCCAUGCUGAUAGAAAACACCAUCCUCCCCAUCUUCUCCAUAGAGAAACAACUGGUGCAAACUAAAUUUGGUGGCACGGUGAUGGGCGAGUCAGCCAUGGUCAACACCAGUGACGUGGGCAGUCUGGUGGAGUUCACCUUCGUCGUGAACAUGACUGGAGAACCGCUAGGAGACAUGGGGACGCUGGCGGUGGAGUUUGAGUGGCCCUUUGAGGUCGCCAAUGGCAAGUGGCUGCUGUACCUGACGAAGAUCCUUGUUAAGGGGGAAUCAGAAACGGAGUGUAACCCAGGUGGAGACGUUGUCAACGAGCUUAACCUAACUUUGUCAGAGAGUGGACAUAAGCGUACUAAACGGCAGAUCGUAGUGGAUGAUCCAGCUGAUCCGACCCGGCCACGUGUUAUUGAGCCACAGGCGGCCAUCACAUUGCUGGGUCCUCGCAAAGAGUCCUACCUGUUGGAUUGCUCCAAGGCGACGGCAAAAUGCGUGACGUUUACCUGUCCACUGCUCAACAUGACCAAAUCAGCCAAGAUCUAUGUCCGGUCCAGGUUGUGGAACAGCACAAUGCUGGAGGACUAUUUCAAUGCGCUGAGAGUUACAGUCAGAGGUCAAGCAACGCUGAAGCUCAUUACAGAUAAACCGACAUUAAAGAUGAACAGACAGACCACCAUGUUCGCAGUAGAAAUAGAACCAGUGGAGGGAGUGGAGGUACCCUAUGAGCUCCCCCUAUGGAUCAUCAUCUCUGCAGCUAUAGCAGGAAUCCUACUACUAGGAAUCAUCAUUAUUAUACUAUGGAAGUGUGGCUUCUUCCAAAGGGCCAGCAGGAGGGAGAUGUAUGAGGCCAAGGCCCAGAAGGCUGAGAUGAAGAUCCAGCCCUCUGAGACAGAGAGGCUGACUGAAGACUACUGAGGCUCCCAUGUGUCUCCCAACAGCACACGCCAUUGGGGCUUUUGGCUUGGAUUCUUCAAACGAGCCAUCUACUACCGGAUAAUGCCAAAGCACCAGGGGGUGAAAAUUCGCAGGGCUGAGCGCUAUCAGUUUA